CAGCGAGGCCUCUUCCUCCGCUGGUCCGCCGGCUGUGCCCCCGUGUCCCUCGGCUCUUCCCGGAGCGGCGCCGGUUCCCUCAGCGCGUCUCUUCGGAAGCCCGCGCUCGCUCCCCGUCGCACGCGUCGCUGAGGCUCGCGGGCCGGCGGGGGCCGGGCCUGCUGCGCGCGUCGAGGCCCCGCAGCUCCGUUGAGGCCGCCGCGCUGCCGGGAUGAUGCCGGGGUCGGCGCCGUCGCCGCGCUGGGCGGCCGCUGCGGGCCGUUGGGGUUGCAGGCUGCUUCCGCUGCUGUGGGGGCUGCUGCUGCUGUCUGGCCCGAGCGGCGCCUCCGAGAUCACCUUUGAGCUGCCCGACAAUGCCAAGCAGUGCUUCUACGAGGACAUCACUCAGGGCACCAAGUGCACUCUGGAGUUCCAGGUGAUCACUGGUGGUCACUACGAUGUAGAUUGUCGACUAGAAGAUCCUGACGGUCAGGUGUUAUACAAGGAGAUGAAGAAACAGUACGACAGUUUCACCUUCACUGCCUCCAGAAAUGGGACAUACAAAUUUUGCUUCAGCAAUGAGUUUUCUACUUUCACACACAAAACGGUGUAUUUUGAUUUUCAAGUUGGAGAAGACCCACCUUUGUUUCCCAGUGAGAACCGAGUCAGUGCCCUUACCCAGAUGGAAUCUGCUUGUGUUUCUAUUCACGAAGCUCUGAAGUCUGUCAUCGACUAUCAGACUCAUUUCCGACUGAGGGAGGCUCAAGGCCGAAGCCGAGCAGAGGAUCUAAAUACAAGAGUGGCCUAUUGGUCAGUAGGAGAAGCCCUCAUUCUUCUGGUGGUUAGCAUAGGGCAGGUGUUUCUUCUGAAAAGUUUUUUCUCAGAUAAAAGAACCACCACAACUCGUGUUGGAUCAUAACUACGCUUUCAGAUGCACCAUUGCCACUGUAAUUACUGUCCUCUAACUCUAGGUACUGAAGAUUUAACAUUGGCAGCAUUCUAAAACCCUUCUCAUACGUGCUGGGAGAGAUGUACGAUGCAGAUCCCCAUGGGGAGAGGACACCUUUUUUAUUUGUAAAGAUGGAAAAACUUUGGACCUUAAUGCAGCUAUUCAUAUGAAAUACCUAACACCAAUGAUCUACUUUUUCUUGGUUUAUAUGUACUCUUCAUACACUAAACUUUGGUAUUCUGAUUCCUUUUAACCAUUUAAAAAUCCUUUUCUUAAUAGGUAGUUGAGACUUUAAAAAACAAUCUUAGAUUUAAUGUCUGUGUAUUACAGAGGAAGAAAACUGCCUUUUAAUUGUUUAUAGUGAAUAAAGUUGUGUUUUUAAGAAAACCAAAAGUGAUUAACUGUAGCCAAGCCCUAUUCUGCACUGCUUAAUUUUAUGAGGGAAAAUAAUCUACCAUAGAACUAUUAGUUAAUAUUGGUACAAUUUUCAUUGAUAUAUCAUGAUAUAAUUUAUUUCUUGCUAGUUUGGAAAAUGUACAGGUUUUUGGUUUGUUUGUUAUCUCUCAUUCUAUGAUUUAUAACUAGCUAUGUUAUUUGUUUAGAGGUGUUGCCACCACUCAGAAAAAAUGCAUAAUAGACCUUAAAAAUCAGACCGUGUAACUUAGGAUAAAGAAUAUGAGACACUACAAUAUGGGUAAUGAAAUAGAAACAUUUUUAGUGAGUUGUCCGCGACAUUGCAUUUCCAGGGCUUUUACAAAGAAAAAAGGGGAUCUGAGUCAUUUGAACGUUCUGGUCACGUCAUUCCCAGCUUCAGUCUACAGUUGGGACCUGGUACCACAUAGGUGCCAUACUGACCAUGUGGUGCACUGAGAAGUCAGUUUUUCUCUUCAUUUCUGUCUUGUUUCUACAGAUUCUGACUAGCAGCCCUAAAAUUACAAAUUUUGAAUGCUGUGAAUGUUUCCUAUUUUAAAGUCUUUAGAAUUGGUUCUACUGUUUGUGUCUUACUCUUGUGUGGAUUAAACUGAUUGAAAUGAGAUUUUGAUCCAAGUAUUCAGAAUAGGAUACAUAAUGAUGGAAAAUUGUAUAGGUAGCAGGCUUCUCUUCUGUUGAAAAGAGGACAACCAUGGCAGUUGCUUCUCAGUCAUGCCUCUUCACCACAGGUGAUGAGAGUCAGAUGAGUCUCCUGCUGUGGAGACUUUAACACUUGACAUCAUGGGAUAGUGACUGACUAGUGAUUCUAGUUUUUUACCAUUACUGACUAGAGAAGUUGACUCUUAAAUUUAAGCCAUUUUAAGAUGUGCACGCGCACGCACACACACUUCUGCAUGUAAGAGCAAAAUGAGUUCAGGUUGUCUUGCUUACUAAUUUAUGAUGUCCCAGUGUAGAAGGAGUAAACAUGUUUUCCAUCUCUUAGGGUCUUGACGACUAGACCACCACUCCUUAAACAAACUUUACAAACAGAUUAAGAAGAGUUUAAGAUUUUGGAGAUUUAUCCAUUUGAGUUCUUGUAUUGAAGUUGUCCUGCAGCUUUUUAAAAUGUCUCAUCUACUUAGCUGUGAAUGUUUUAAUCACCAAUGUUAAUGUGGUUACUCAGCAUGGGCACAUAUUAAAUGCCAUAUCUGGUUGCCAUGGGCUCUUCAGAUACUUUACACUGUAAUUAAAUGGAGUCAGGUAUAGAUUCUGCCAGGUUUGGCAUAAUAAUGCCCUCACUUAAUCUGUGCCUCUCAAAAUGUCAUGAUAGUAAAUAUUACUAUAAAUCAUUUUUAAUGAAACCAUGAGUCAAACAUGAAAUCAGCAGUUACCUAAUGUCAAAAAUAGUAUGAAUUUAGUUUCAUUUCUUAAUAGCUCACUAAAUUUUGACAGCUAUCUGUUCAACUGGUAUGAAUAUAUAAGAAAAUACAUACCCAACAUAAAUGCUGUGAUAUUGUUUUCCUCCUAUGAUGUAUUUUGUAGCUUGUCCUUUUUUUUUCUGUAAUCUUUAUAUAAGUGGUUGCAGGAGUUUGAAUUUUCCAAAUAUUUUUUUUGUUUGGUCAUAUGACUACAUAUUUGAACAUCAUAAUUGUAUUAUUUUUAAAGUAAAUAAUGGAAAGCAACUUUAUACAUGAGUUAUUUCAAUAUGAAAUAUUGAAUGAAGAUAUGUUUUAAGAUAUUGCUUUGCUAAUAAUCUAAACAUUCUUGUGUUCUAUUAAAACUAUAGUUUGUGGCUUACAGCUUUUCCUUUGGGCUCAAAUAAUACAGUGGACUGAAGCAGUUUACUGAACGGUUUCAUUUAUGCCUAUGCUAUCCAUCUUUUGUUUCAAUUUCUUAAAUGUAUCAUUUAUAGUUAAGUAGGAUAAAGCUAUGAGUUUUGUUUUCAAAAAUUAGGCAAAUUAAUAUAUAAAUAAUACAAAGGAUUUUUGUUUACUUUUGAAAAAGAAUUUUCUCUAAAGAUGGUUCCACAGGAUUGCACCAAUCAGUUUCAUGUAAAAUAAAAAAUUUUAAAAAAUCAA